AGCCAUUUUGGGCUCCAGCGACCUCAGCUCGGGCGGAUUCGACAGGGCGUCGCUCGAGGGGGGGCCCGACCGGCCCCUGCGGUGCUGCGGGGUCAUGGCCCGCGCCCUCUCCGCUGCCCUGCUCGCCGCGGCGGCGUGCCUCGGCGCCCAGCUGCGGACUCCAACAGCGGCUGCCGAGGCGUGGGCAUUCGCUGCGGCGCGCCUCGGGGCAGGGCCCGCGGGGCCACCGCUGCCCGCGGCACCGGCCCUCGGCCGCGCGGAGGGCUCGUCCGUGGCCAUGCGCGGCUUGCUGGGGCUCUUCGGCAGGGCCCCCGCGCCACAGCCGUGGUACUCGCAGCUGUGGGGCAGCAGCAGCGCGCCCGUGCUGUCUCUGGCGCUCGGGGUGCUGCUCGGCGCGAUGGCAGCAGCGAGGGGGCGGGGUGGCGCGUCCGCGCCGACGUACAUCUUCAACAGCAGCAUCGCCAAGGAGCAGGUGCUCGAAGCUCAGAAGGCCUGGGGCGACGGAAUUGUGAAAAUCAGCGCGGCGCACGCCAACGGGGAGGACUUCACGUUUCUCGCGAAGGAGCACAUCAGGAACCUGUAUGGCUACGGCGUUACGGAUGUCCUUUUCAAGCCGACUUUGGCUUCAGAGAUUCAGUUCCGGUCCACCUUCGACGAGGCCUUGUCUUAUUUCGUUGCGACAAACGGGGUUUGCUCUGAGGACAGUGGCUUUGCCAUCAAGGGCUGGAAGGCCGUCCGGUGGGAGAACGUGGAUAUCACCACCUCCGGCAACACCGCAAUGGCCAUGGGCAAUUAUUUCUUCACCACCCCGGAGGGCGGCGAGGUCAAGGUGGAGUACACGUUCGGUUACUUCCUCGACGGUGAGGGGAAAGUGCGGAUCAACUUGCACCACUCUUCGGUGCCGUAUGACUCUGGCGUCACCAAGGAGGAAGUCAUCGCUGUGCAAACAGCGUGGGCUGGCGCCAUAAAACAUAUCUCGAAGGUUUACAAAGACAAAGGCGACUAUGUUCAGGCAGCUGCCGAGGCAGCCGGGGAGCUCUACGCGUACGGUAAAGGUAACGUACUCUUCAAGCCGACGAAAGCUCGCGAGUACCCGUUCAGGCCCACGGCCGAGGAGGCAAUGUCCUACUUUGUCGGCAACGACGCGGUCGAGAACGGUUAUAAGGAGGACGGUGGUUUUGCGAUCAACGGUGGCAAGGGUUUCUCAGAUUGCUUGUACAAGAAUCACCAGAUCGAACUCAAGGGGGGCAUUGGCAUUGCCAUGGGUACCUACGACUUCACCUGUGCCACCACUGGGGACGUGUCGACUGUCGAGUACACCUUCGGUUACAAGCGCUGCGACGAUGGGAAGGUGCGCAUUUUUCUGCAUCACUCGUCCGUGCCUUACUCGGCUUGAAGCUCGGAAGCGGCGGGCAGUCCAAGGGCUAGAAGACCGUAAACCGCUGGGUGCGAAAACGGCUCCUUUUUGGCGCCAUGAGCAACUUGUUGUUCACCAUCCUGGGCGGCGCCUUAUUCGAAACAUUGUGUGAGCAUCAGAUGCAUCUGUGUGAGCAUCACCAACGAGCAGCUUGUGUCGAUCUGUGUGAGCAAUCGUAUGGGGUAUUUGUUCACACGCUUGCAUCGCAACUGUCGUUUAUUGCUGACAUGGCAUCCCUUCAUUAUGGCACGUUCUUCUCAUAUCGUGCAGACCCCACUUCCUCUUAUCCUCUCUUCUCCUGCCCUCCCCCUCUCUUUCUCUCCGUCUCCAUGGCCAUUACCAGCGUGCACGUGCCAGCUUGUACAUUUGAUUUUGCUGAACGGGGCGUGCCAAUGGGCACGCCUCGUUCAGCCUAUGCUUCCUCUCGUGUGCACGGCUUUUCGACAACUGGCAAUGAGACCUUUGGUGUCGAGAGCUCCGUCUCCCAACCACCUACUCCUGACCAAAAUGAUUGGGCAGCAGAGAUGAGCA